AUGUGGCCUUAUCUUGACAAGCUGGGAAAUGACGAAGAGGAAGCCGGCUAUAUUGAGGCUGUCUCAAAGUUGGCAGAUAACAAUCCAUUGCCACAUGCUGACUUUGGGCUAAAGCUUCUAGAGGCCAAUCUUAUGUCUAUUCCUGGUGUCUACAGGAUUGAUCAGGAGCUUAUCAAAGAUCAGGAUCAGGUUGCAAACUUGUAUCUGGCCAAAAAACCUGGAAGAGGCCCGUUGGAAAUUUUACAUGUAAUGGUUCUGCAUGCUAUGAAGUUUAAGAAGAAAUAUCUUCUUGGUGCAUCUGAUCCUUACAUGAAAUUAAAGCUUACUGACGAUAAGAUGCAUAAAAAAAAGACUCCUGUAAAGCACACGAACUUAAAUACUGAACAGAAUGAAGUAUUUGAUUUGGUAGUCAACGCUAGAGACUUACAGCUCAAUGUUUAUGACUGGGAGCAGGUUGGGAAGCAUGACAAGAUGGGUAUGAAUGUGGUCACUUUAAAAGAGCCUAAACGUUUUACUCUGGACCUUCUCAAAACUAUGGAUCCCAAUGAUACUCAUAAUGAGAAAUUGCGAGGACAGAUUGUUGUGGAAUUAACUUAUAAACGCUUAAAUGAAGAGGAGGCAGUCAAGGGCUUUGAUGAAACACAAACAAUACCUAAAGCUCCCGAAGGCACUCCAGCUGGUGGAGGUCAACUUGUAGUUACAGUCCUUGAAGCUCAGGAUGUCGAAGGGAAGUAUCAAACUAAUCCACAAGCUUGUCUUAUUUUCAGAGGGGAAGAGAAAAAGACUAAGCGCAUAAAAAAGAAAGAGGAGUUCCAAUUUAUGGCAGAGGAGCCUCCCACCAAUGAUAAACUUGUCAGCACUAGUUCAAGGACCUUGCUCCAUCAAAAGGUAGAAGAUCCGAAAAUGGCAACGUACCAGCCCAUGAAUCCAAUUGAUACAAUAAUUGGCGAUGCAAAAUCAACUUUGUCCAGAGAACUGAGUCAACUAACUCAUCUGGAGGUUUCGAUAAAAAGUGGGCUAAGAAAGUCCAUAGAAAGAAAAAUGAAGGAAGUAAUCAACAAAUCUGGAAAAAAAAAUUGGGUGUCAGUUGUCUGUAGAUAACACUAAAGAGCUCUAUGGAUGAUCUCAUACCGGUCAACGCGGUGAAUGAUCAGAUUGCUGCACCCAUGUCUAUAUUUGGCAGUUACAAAAGAUGGUAUUCAAAGUAUCUUGAAGACUUUAGACAAACAGUUUUAAGAUGCGCGGUCACGGAAAUUCACAAUGAUGGAAAGACAGAAAUUUCAACCUAUCUCAAAGUCCCAUUAUUCCUCGCAUGGUUGAGUUCCUGGGGACCUAUGAAUCCCGACUCCCAUGUGGGAAUUGUUUGGGACUAUGAGAAUAUCCCAUUGCCCAAGAAUUUUGAUGUAGACGAAUUUGAAUAUGCAAUGAUUAUGGUUCUAAAAAAAAACGAAUUAGCGAAGAGUGAAGACGGUUUGCCUAAGAUCUUGACUUUUGGGCACUUCGUAGAAACAAAGAAGUUGAGAGCAAACAUAACCAGCAACAUAAAAUACCAGAGAACAAUGAGAGGCAGGAAUUUUGGAGAUGCGCAAAUAAAAAAAGCAAUGUUGGCUUGUGGCAUGGCUAAAUAAUGGGAGAUGACAAGUGCCAAGUUGUUGCUAUACAAGGAAAAAAAACAGAAAAGAAGCCAUGGAUGGUUCUGAUAUCAGUAGACUGCGGAAACAAAAGGGUACUGGAGUAUUUAAGAGAAAAAGGAAGCAAUAUCAUGAUAGUGUGAGAAACUCCACACAAAAAUGAGAACCAUUCCUGAUUUGCGGGAAUGCCUCCAUUCUUAUGAUGACUAUGAAGGAGUUCCAUGUUACACAUACAAAAGGAUCAGAGACUUUCAAAUACAAACUACGUAUAGUUCUUUACUUUGGUAAUAUUAAGGUGCACUCGACAAGCUUUAUUAUUUUUAUGCAAAAUUGCAGAUGGAAUGAAAACUGAAUGUUAUUCUGCAUGGAAGGGAAGACAAGCAGCCAAAAGAAAAAGAUGAAUGAAGAAAACUGCAGAUGGAAUGAAGGCGAUUCUGCAGUUUGAUUAUGCUUUUAAAUAUAACAAUGUUUUCUUUUGAUUUAGUUUUGACUUAUGCUACAUUUGGUUAGUGCUUUACUUAUAUAUUUCUUAUCAUUCGGAAAAAAAAAUUGUCUUACUUAGUUUUCCAAAAUAAAAUUAUGUGUGUAUUGCUGAUUUUACUUUUGGGAGAACAUAAAUGAUAAAAAAUAUGUCCAGAUUAAUGUAAACUGUGAAUCUUAAUCUGAAUAAUUUUUUGUGGUU